UUUUGACGUUUCUAUUGACAUUUCGCUAACCAACAAUCAUUAUGUUAUUUAGUACAAACAAUAAACCCAACUAACUCAACAAAUAUCAAAACGACUCUAAAUGUACAAAUAAACAGCCACUGAGCCAAGAGGAAACUGCCCAAAAUGUCUCGACAAUUCGUCCCCAGCGAUCGCAAGAUCGCCGAAAAACUCGUCAUUCUCAACGACAGAGGAAUCGGAAUGCUCACGCGUAUUUACAACAUCAAGAAAGCGUGCGGCGACGCCAAAUCCAAGCCCGGUUUCCUCUCUGACAAGAACCUUGAGUCAUCGAUAAAAAGCAUAGUGAGGCGCUUUCCCAACGUCGACAGCAAGAAUCUCACAGCCAUACACGGCUUGCGGAACGACAUAAUCAAAUCGCUGUCUUUGUAUUAUUACACUUUUGUGGAUUUACUCGACUUUAAAGACCACGUUUGUGAGUUGCUUACUACAAUGAGCGCUUUACAGAUUGAGUUGGAUAUUGCGGUGAAUUUCGAGCUGACUAAGAAUUACCUGGAUUUGGUUACUACGUACGUGUCUUUGAUGGUGUUGCUGUCGAGAGUGGAGGAUAGAAAAGCGGUUUUGGGGUUAUUUAAUGCGGCGUAUGAAAUAGUGCAUUCGUCGUCGGAUUCGAGUUUUCCAAGACUUGGGAACAUGAUAAUGGAGUAUGAAAUUCCGUUUAAGAAAUUGUGUGAGGAGUUUGUUCCUCACUCACGCCUACUUCUGGGGGCUUUGAGCUCAUUGGCUGCGAUUUACGUCACUCGCAACGUGUCAGCGGAUAAGUGGCGAUCUGAGUUGAAGUUGAGUCUGGUUGGCAACCCUGCGUCACUUUUAAAACCGGUUUUGGCGGAUAGAAUGUCGUGUGAGUACUUGUCUUUAGACACUAUGGAGAAGUGGGUGAUUUUUGGGCUACUAUUAAUCCAUCCACACUUGCAACAAGAUCAGUUGAAUAAAUUGUGGAUUAACGCGCUUGAGUCGUCAUGGGUAACGCCCCUUUUCAGGGACGAGGUGAUCUACACCCACCAGUAUAUUUGUUCCUAUUUUGACACCAUCAAAGGCUACAGUAAAAGAGUAUCAGAAGUGAAGGACUGUCAAAGUCAAGCUAUACAAAAAGCUGGGUACAAGCAUCGAGAGCGCCGGAAAUUUCUGCGAACAGCGCUGAAAGAACUAGGGUUGAUUUUCAUGGAUCAGCCGGGGUUAUUAGGUCCUAAGGCACUGAUGGUUUUUAUGGGUCUUUGCUACGCGAGAGACGAGGUUAUGUGGUUGCUGCGACACAACGACAACCCACCCCAACAAAAAAACAAAGGUAAAUCAACUGAGGAUUUGGUGGACCGGCAUCUACCAGAAUUGCUGUUCCACAUGGAGGAUUUGCGAGUUCUAGUACGAAAGUACAGUCAAGUCAUGCAACGAUACUACGUACAAUACUUGUCGCACUUUGACGCUCUAGCCUUGAAAGACAUGAUCCAGAAGAACUUCAACGCGGUGGGUGAAGACGAGUGCAUUAUUUUAUCUUCCUUGUGUAACACCAUCGCCGGACUAUCAGUAAAACAAGUCGAGGAUAACGAAACUUUCAACUUCUUUGUUUUCCGUUUGGAUUGGUUUAGAUUGCAAGGGUACAUGUCUCACGGCAACGCCCACUUCAAACUACUAGAGAAUAAAGACUUGGCGCAGUUCUUGGACACGGUACAAUUUCACACCAAAAUGGUUGACAAUCUAGACGAGAUGUUAGUGGAGACGUCUGACUUGUCGAUAUUUUGUUUCUACAAUCGCAUCUUCGAGGAUCAGUUUCAUAUGUGUCUGGAGUUUCCUGCCCAAAACCGGUUUAUUGUGGCUUUCCCGUCGAUUUGUUCCCACUUCCAGAAUUGUACGCACGAGUUGUGUCCGGAGGAGCGUCACCACAUUAGGGAGAGGAGUCUGUCUGUGGUUAACGUGUUCCUGGAUGAGAUGGCCAAAGAAGCGAAGAACAUCAUCACUGCAAUUUGCGACGCGCAGUGUAAGAUGAGCGACAAACUCUUACCGAAAAACUGCGCACACUUGAUUUCGCAACAAAUCAACAGAAAGAAGAAGGAGAAGAAUAAGAAGAAUACGCUUGAGAUAGAGAAACCGGGGAAGGAGAGUUAUCGGAAGACUCGGGAAAACUUGACUACUAUGGAUAAGCUACACAUGGCACUAACUGAGUUGUGUUACGCGAUUAACUACUUUUCGAAUAUUAACGUGUGGGAGUAUACUUUUGCCCCUCGGGAGUACCUUCACCAACACCUGGAGAGUCGAUUUGCUCGGGCUCUCGUAGGGAUGGUGAUGUACAACGCCGAUACCAACGAAAUCGCGAAACCCUCUGAACUCCUAGUUAGUGUCAGGGCGUACAUGAACGUACUACAAACCGUAGAAAACUACGUUCACAUCGAUAUAACCCGAGUCUUCAACAACUGCCUUCUCCAACAAACCCAACCGGUCGACAGCCACGGUGAAAAAACCAUCGCGGCGAUUUACACCCAAUGGUACUCCGAAGUCCUACUCAGACGCGUCAGCGCCGGCAAUAUCGUCUUUUCCACAAACCAAAGAUCCUUCGUGUGUUUAACCGCAGAAGCUUCCAUUCCCUUCAACCCUGAAGAGUACUCCGACGUGAACGAGCUGCGCGCCCUAGCCGAACUAAUCGGCCCUUACGGCAUGAAGCAACUAAGCGAAACCCUAAUGUGGCACAUCGCCAGUCAAGUCGUCGAACUAAAGAAACUCGCUGAAACCAACAAAGAAGUCCUACUCUCUCUGCGCACCAACUUCGACAAACCCGAAGUGAUGAAAGAACAGUUCAAGAAGCUCUCCAACGUCGAGAACGUCCUCCAACGAAUGACCAUAGUAGGAGUGAUCCUCAGUUUCCGCCAACUAUCGCAGUCGUGUCUCACUGACGUCCUCGAGCAGAGAAUCCCGUUCUUGUUGAGCUCGAUUCUGGACUUCCGUCACCACUUGCCCAGUGGCGACCCGCUCAAAGUCGUCAGUGAGAUGACUUCCGCGGCGGGGAUCCCCUGCAAGGUUGACCCCACGUUGGUGAACGCGCUCAAGAUGCAGAAACCCGAAACCGACGUCGACGAACACUUGUUCGUGUGUUUGUUGAUGGUGUUCGUGGCGGUUUCCAUCCCGAAGUUGGCGCGGCAAGACCAGUCGUUCUAUAGAGCGUCGCUGGAAGGUCACACUAACAAUAUCCAUUGUAUGGCGCUGGCGGUGAACCACAUCUUCGGCGCGUUGUUCACCAUUUGCAACCAAGGGGAUAUGGAAGAUCGCAUGAAGGAGUUUCUGGCUUUGGCGUCGUCGAGUUUGCUGCGUUUGGGGCAAGAGGCGGACAAAGAAGCUACGAAAAAUAGAGAGAGUGUGUAUUUGCUGCUGGACCAGAUUGUACAAGAGUCGCCUUUUCUUACCAUGGACUUGCUGGAGUCCUGUUUCCCGUAUGCUCUUAUUCGUAAUGCUUACCAUGCUGUGUACAAGCAGGAACAGAUGUUGGCUUAGGGUAUUUAUUUUGUGCCAAUUUUGUUCAGUUUUAUUUAUUUUUUUCGACUUCUAGAUACUGUUACUUUAUUGUUUUCGUUAGAAACUGAAGCAAUUCCUGUUACAGCACGUGUAUCAUUAGGUAUUUGUGUAUUCCAUAACCUUUUAUAGUACCUAUUGCAAUAAAAUAUUUUAUAAAGAUUUGAAA